AUGAGUGGACUCUUCUACCCUGCAAUGAACAAUCAAAACCCUCUCAAUGCACAAGAUACCUGCUUGAUAUGCUACAUGUCCUUCAAUGACUACAGGACCUUGGAUUGUCACAUGUCCCUGCAUCAUCCACUCGAAGUUGCUCUCCAUUAUCAAUGGGACACCCUCAUCCCCCUCCUGCAAGAUAGAGUCACCCCUCAAAGCUUAUUCUCCUGUGUCCCAGGUUGUCACUUCACUUCUGCCAGUCAUAUCAUCAUGAUGGCUCAUGCUGCUAGUCAUCCAAGGAUGGUUCUUUGUGCUCAAAUCAAUCACAUGGAACAACACUUUGUUGAACCUCAUCUACUUCAAUCCCCUCCCUCCCAAUACAGUCAACCUCUCCAACAUCACCUGUCAGAACUUCAGUGGGAGCUCUACAAAGUGGACAUUAGGACUAGUGGAAGAGUCAUAGGGUGUCAAUAUAACUUCAGACACAAAGUUACUGGUCAAUAUUCCAAAUCUACAAAGGCCUGGACUGGGGGCAAAGUAUUGAGUGAGCUAGAGCCAGUCAAAGUUGGUUGGGGUAUGAUUUUUUGCUAA